CUCAGGGAAGUGGGCAUGAAAGAAGUGUCAGUGGGAUCAAUUUUAGAAAUGGGGUCAACCGGGAAGGGAAAGUGUUGGCUUUUUAAAUAGCUGAAGGACACUGGACUCAAGAGAAUCUAAUGCAAUAAUGGAAUGAUACUGAAGGUGGCAGCAAUGCAACAAAUUAGAUGCCAGCUGCCAUAAAACGCCAUAGAAGAAGAAGAAGAAGCAGAAACGGCUCCCAAGUAAAUAUGUAAUGUAGCUUACUGGUUGUAGAAAAGCUGUAGUAGCUGCUGUACAGAAUGAGGUGAAAGAGAAGUUGUAUCCCCUUAACUGUCUGGCUUAUUUGUGUUUAUAGCCCAGUUAUAGGAAGACAAAGGGAAAAUGCUGGUAUCAGCAGAUGUUUUCAUCUCAACAGCCCAGAGGUUUCUCAGCUGUGGGAAGAAGAAGAGACAAAUUCCUCAUUCAUCAUGUCUUGAUAUGGCUGUGCAAAUCAUCGCUGUUGAUCUGGGCCUUAAACCAGCUGUUCUGUAUGACCUUAACGGUGCAUGUGCAGAACAGAUCCACCAAUACGUCGGCUCACUGCAGGAGGAAGGAGUACUGACCACAACACUCCGAAUAUUCUCCAUCAAUGGAAGCUGUCUUGUUGUGAACUCUAAUCUGAUGAAGGAACAUUUGAGUGAAGUGCUUAAGAAAAAGAGCCUCCUCACUGUCGAUGUCUGUCCGUGGAAGGAGCAGCCAUCUCUGAUUGUCAUGGAUAGUAGCACCAAGCGUAUGGUCAAAGACAUGCUGGACUUUUUUAUGGAGGAAGAGGACCAGCAUCUGUCAGUCAGUGUAGUGGGAGAGGAGCUGUAUGACCGGUGGAACUUGUGCACACUUUUUGGGAUCCUCUUGGGCUAUCCUGCUUCGUACUGGUUUGAUCAAGCACAGAGCUUUGAGAACUGUCUGAGUAUGAUCCCACUGGUGGUAAAUAAGGUUUGGGUUUGCUGGCCAGUAUGCGAUACAAAACACAGCAGUUGUCUUUACUCAUUCAGUGUCCCUGAAGUGUUGUGGGCAGAAGCCAACACCUACAUAGAAAACUGGGUGGAGCAUUUGAGAAGCCAAUUUUGCAAACAGACAAUUUUGACUGAACUCAGAAUUUUAAAGGAAACGGUCAUUUUGCCCACUGUAGCCCUGUGAGUGCUUGUGCUUUUAUAAGGUUUUAGUGCCUUGUUUGUGUUCACCGUAGUGCUGAUGUGAGGGAAAACUCUUACAUGUUAAAACAGACUGGCAGAUGCAUUCUUGAUUUAGAUUUUUUAUUUAUUUUUUUAAGUAUAAUGCACUGCUGUGUUCAUGAUGUGUUUCUCCUCACGUCAUUUUUUUUUUUUUUUUUUUUGGGGGGGGGGGAGUUUUAUCAAGUAAAUAAUUCACUUUGUUCAACUCCUGUUACUGUGUUUCACAUGUGCUUUCUCAAUCACUGUGGAUGUUCUUAUGUGUCUGGAAAAUGUCAGCCCAAAUAAUGGGGUGUUUACACAGAGGCUACAUCCACACGACAACGGCAACAAGAUUUUAUUUAAAAAAAUAUCGCGCCCACAUGGGCAACGGAUCAGUAAAAUAUCAGGUACAUAUGGCAACGCAACGCUUGCUGAAAACGAUCCAAUACACAUGCCACACCUCUACGUGUGCUGUAAGAUGGUCCCAUCGGAGACACCACAACAAUAGAAGUAGGACGCAUGCGCAUAAACCCCUUCUUCUACCCGGCGUGAAGCACUCACAGGAACAAACACACAACAACAAGAAGAAGAUGGCUGCGACUACGUGAGGAAAUCAUGCCUUCUGUGUGUACAAAUUAGUUUUAUUAGUGUGCAUAGUUUUAUAUAACUCCUCUCCUCUCAUUAUCUCUAGCCGCUUUAUCCUGUCCUACAGGGUCGCAGGCAAGCUGGAGCCUAUCCCAGCUGACUACGGGCGAAAGGCGGGGUACACCCUGGACAAGUCGCCAGGUCAUCACAGG